GAGGAAAGUGAUAGCAUUUGGGAACAAAUAUACCCAGGGCCACCUUAGAAUUGUCAGAGAUGUUUGGGAGAACAGAGCACACUUAAUGCCUGCAAGCAAAAAAACCCCAAAAAACUAUUGACCUGAACACCUCACCGUUAUGGGGGACAAGCCAGGAGAAAUUGCGGACCUUCAUACUGGGUUUUUCUUCGCCGCAGGAUUCAAUUACUGGAAUCACCAACUUUGCUAAUUUAUGUGCACAUUUCUCUUCCACUAUGAGCAGACCGAUAGAACUUCACAUUUGCAUGGCUUUCCUUAACAUCCUGUUUCUCUGUCUCUCACAAUGUCUGGCUUUCCCCAAAAUGGGAAGGAGGGAGAUAGUACACAUUGAAGGUCAAAUUGAAAGACGGAAUAUAGAAGACCUUGAAAAACUCAGCCCUUCAAAGCAAACAGCCCAAAUGGCACUAAUAGAAGAUUCAAAUAUAGUCUUAACAGAACUAUCUGGAACAUCAUCAAAUAAGGGGUUUACUGCUGGGGGAGAAACGCAGCUUACUGGAGUCAGCAAUGUGUUCACAUAUAGUCAGAGCACUGAUAUGUAUACCCCUACCGAGUCGAUGACUCCUUUAGAUGGAGGGUUUAAUCCUAGUGAACACAAUAAAGACUUAUCUGAAAGUAGGUUAACCACAGCUGUUACUACAGUAGUGUCCCCGAAUAGUAAUGUGAAGGCUGAUUUUUUUAGUCGUUCCAGUAGCUUGCCUACUGUUGAAAAAGCCACAGAAGCAGGACAAGGUUUUCCAAGGCCUCUGGAUGAUGAAUUCUUGGAGACAGGAAGUAAGGCAGGUAACAGUCUGGAACGUUCAAUGACAACCCAGUUGAACACUGAAGAAAUGUUAACUACCAACCUACGAACUGGAAACUUGGAGAUAACUAUUGAACAUACAACAAUGUCUUCUUCCAUAACAAACCCCACAGCAGAAAUUGGGACUGGUAUCCUCACUUCAAGUAGAGAGAGUCCUUCACAGCUGACAGAUCAUCAACCUCAGGCCACCGUCACUGAACACCUGCUUGACUCCUCGGACUACUUCCCAAGCAUUGAGUCAGAAACUGACAGUAUGCCAGGAGAUGUAGCAAUGGCAGCCACCGCUCCAACAGCUACUUUAGGUAUUCCAGCUAUCUCAUCCCUUAAUGAGGAUUGGGAUGAUACCAAGUUAGCAAGUGCAAGCCGAAUAGGAGCCUCCCAGUCCAGAGACAAUGCAGGGACUGUUUAUGAGGGAGCCAAACCUCCUCAGACACUACAGCCAGACCAUGAUGAUGUGAAAGGAGGGGAAGCUUUGACAGAUUUUGCAGAUGUUGUUUUGGGACAAAUUGGAGAUAGAACACAUACUGGGGCAUCUCCAGUGAUGGUGCACAUGGAAGAAAAAUCUAUUGCCUUCACGGAUCAAAGUUCCUUUCCCCUUAUGAAUCCUAAAGAAGGCACCAAAGUGACAACUAUAAGCCUAUUUCAGAAUACGAGACACCCUGAACUAGAUGGUAGGGAAUAUGAUGCCUUAUUUUUUCCAGUGACUACAGUUCCUAUCACAGAUUUUCAGUCUGAAGCAUACUACUCUCUGGGAAAUACACUAUCAGAUAGUAUUUCUCAAGAGAUGAUGCCUAGUCAAGAUGUUGGAGCCACUUUAUCAUCGGUUACACAAGAGCAGGAUUCUACCCUGGAGAUCACCAGAAAAUCUGGUGAGAUUGAGGAAAAAAUUAAGAGUUCAUCUCCCAUCACAGUGGUUUCUAGUGUGACUCAGUUACCAGAAAAGUCAGAAUAUUUGGCAACUACUGUCUCAGCUACUGACACACCUUUGUCUCUGGCAGUUACUCCAGCUUUAACAGUCACCAACUCAAAGGAAGAGGCAUCACCUCCAGGCUUUGAUUCAUCGGUGACCCUUCCAGGAAUGGAGGAGACAAUGGAUAUUUCCUUGACAUCUGCAUCUGUCACUUCUACCAUAAGAACCGUUCCAUCUAUAAGACACAUCAGCACUUCUGUGACAUAUGACCUGGAACAGAUGGAAUCACAAGAGGGAGAGGAAGAUGAAGAUGAAGAAGUGGAAGAGGAGGAGGAGGAAGAAGAGGAAGAUAAAGAUGAAGACUCCUUGGAUGAAAGCAUGGAGGGUGAUACCGAGUUGCCUGGGUUUACUCUUCCUGGUAUCACUUCCCAGGAACCCAGGUUAGACAGGGGAAACUUGGAACCAUUGGAAGGAGUGUCUUAUCAGGUUCCAGAUGCUAUUGAGUGGGAACAGCAGAAUCAAGGCCUUGUGAGGAGUUGGAUGGAAAAACUAAAAGACAAGGCAGGAUACAUGUCGGGAAUGUUGGUGCCUGUGGGGGUUGGGAUAGCUGGAGCCCUAUUCAUCCUGGGAGCACUCUACAGCAUCAAGAUUAUGAAUCGCCGAAGGCGAAAUGGAUUCAAAAGGCAUAAAAGAAAGCAGAGAGAAUUUAACAGUAUGCAAGAUCGAGUAAUGCUCCUAGCUGACAGUUCUGAAGAUGAAUUUUGAAUUCGAGGAUGAUUCUAUUGUGAUAUUUAAUGACAUUAUUAUUUCAUUUUUACUUCUGGGCAAAAAAAGAUAUCCUGCUGCAUUACUACUAUCAGGCCCUCUAGCCCUCUGUCCACUGGAUAGUGAUUUUUCUUUACACUGGGCCAAAAAGGGCAUGCUGUGUCCUAAAUGUAAUAUGUGAUGAUGUUUGUUUUUAUGCAGUUGUGAAUUUCCACUUCCAUACACUGUGUCUCAUAAAUAUGCAGUGGGCCUAUUAUACAGUAGGAAUGGAUAGGAUAAAAUUUCAUUUUUUAUCAACGUCUUUUUCUUGUUUUAGAUGAACUGCACAAAUCUUAACUGUUAUUGUAACCAGGCUGAAUUUUGGAAUAGAAAUCUUAAUAAGCAAUCACUUGUGAUGAUCUCUAUCCAUCUUCUUACCUUGGAGUAAUCAAAUGCCAUUAAAUGGAGCUGUAAUUUGGAAUGAAUCAAAUCUUUUUCAUUGAGGAGAUUUGUCAGUACAGCAUGAUUACAUAUGGAAUUAUGGGUAUGUUGCAUUAUGUGCCUCAGGCUUCCUGUUCUGGUCUUUCAUCCUUCUUUCAUUCCUUUUCCUUGGCAAGUAGAAUCAUGGAGGAACAAUAAUAGAGCAAACUGAUUCACUGUCUAAAUGUACUGAAUGCAUUCUUUAGCAGCACAAUAUAUUUUAACAAACAUAUUGACAGAUUCUUAGAUGUUCUUCAUGAAAAGCCACAAACUUAUUUGAGGACAUUAUUUGGUUUUGUCAGACAGACAAGAGAAAAAAGGAGGGUAUGAUCUUUGCCCCAGAGUUUUGAGCUACUAUUUGAUUAUGUAUAUGGGUGAAAGUUGAAUUGCUGAGAGUUUUGCCUUUUCAUUUAUGUGCCUCUUUAUUGUCAAAGAAAAAAAUUAUUAUGUUGGUGUCAGGUUGGGCUUCAUUAAAAAAAGACAAUCAGAGUUGGUUCUGUGGCCUAAUCCAUAACAUGUCUCUCUUGGAACAUCAUCUGCAUUUCCUGAACUACCUUGGAGCAUCAUUCCCUGGUCUUGUCUUUUAUAGUUAUAAAUCUGGGACUUAUGAUUGGUGAAAGCUGAGUUGCAUGGAAGAAGAGUAAUAAUAAUAUACCUUGAGCUUUAUGCUUUUCAAAGUGCUUUCACACCUAUUAUCUUACUUAGUCUUCAGAACCAUUCUGGGCAAAUAGUAUUAUCAUCACCAUUUCACAGAAGAGAAACUUGAGGCAGAGAAAAAUUAAAUGAUUCACUCAAGGUCAUAGAGUGAAUCUGUGGCAAUGCUAACAUAAGAACUUGGAUGUGCUGACUUUCUAGGCCCAUAUUCUUCUGACUGCCCCACUGAGAAGGUUGUGGAAUUUCUGAGCCAUCCUUUAAAAAACAGAAUUCUAUCGUAUCAACUUCUAUGAACCUACUUUAUAUUUCUUUAAAAUGAGAAUUUCCCCCUCUACUCUUUUCCUCCGUUUCUUUACCUGUCACACAAAUUAUUUUUUCCCCUUCCAUCUUCUAUCCAUCAUGUCAAGCCUAUAUAUCAUCUCUGGGAAACCAGGAUGUCAUUUUCUUUGUAAGUUCAUUCUUUAGUUUUAGCUGACUCAGGUGUUAGAGACUCAGGUGAAUUACUUGCUAAACACUAAUGAUGUAAACUAUUAUUAUAGACAUUUUCAAUUAUUUUUGCCCAGAGAAAUGAGAUGUGUAGCUUUAGAUAGAGUUGAAUACUAGGCAAUGCUAUAGAUAAGACUAUAAGCAAAUAUAAGGUAGUGAUUAGAGAAAUGGUAAAAUCAAAAUUCAGAUUUAAUAGAGGUCUUGAAAAGACAUCAUUAUCUCUUCAAGAGCCAUUAUCUGCUAUAGGUGAUCGUUUUAAAUAUUUGUGUAUGGAGACAACUCUUUGCCUGUUACAGGGAACUAAUUCAGGGUUUAAGCAGUUUUCAGGAUACAUUCCUUGGAUCUUAGAGUAAUCAUAUGGUCAUAAGUUUCUAUAAGGACUAGGGGCAACAGUAGAUUUUCUUCACAAAUUAGGUAUAGAUCUCAGUAUCAUUUGCUCUGAUAUUAACAAUCAUUAGUGCCAUGGCCUAUUAAACUGAUGCCUUAACUAGCCCGUGAUUAAUGAGCUAAACAUAAACAGCAGUACCUACAGAGCACUAAGAAGUUAAACCUCUUCUUAGAGGUAACCUUCCUUACCAGUUUCUAGAAGACUUGAAUGUGGACGGUCUAUAAACUUAAACUUAUGCAAAAAAAAAAAAUCACA